UUCGGUGCUAUUUUCGGUGCUCAGUGGUGAAGUAACCUAUUCUAAUAAUUAUUGGUGCACAACGUUACAUAUAAAAUGAAUCAAAGUCAUUUAAACGAAAACUUAAUCGGCGAAUCAAAAUCGGAAGAGAAGCGAAAAGAUCAUUCAAUUCGAUAUCCAUCAGAUAACGAAAAUGGAAACGACUCAUCGAUUGUUUACAUCGGAACUAUUCUACCAAAAUCAAAAGAAAGUGACUCAGUGGAGUACAUCGGAACAAGUUACUUAAAAGCAAAGGAAGACAAUGCAUAUUCUGCGGAUAUAUCGGCUGAUUCAGGCAGUUCAUGGUCGUUUAACACUCCACCAGAUAGGACACGUGAAUUGCGUUUACUCUAUGCUGGUCUUGGAUCACUAAUUUCUGAUGAAAGGCUUCGCCCACCUGUUUGUUUAACCGAAACUGAUGGUGUUAGUCAGGCAUUUGUAACAUCGACACCAAAAUCAAAGUCGGAGAAAGGAUUUCGUUCAAAUAUGACAAGACGACUUUCGUUUUAGUUAUUUACAUUCCUACACAUAAAAUCAAUUAGAAUAAAAUACAUAUGUGUCAUCAUGACACUGUCGUGUGUCGUGUUUUAUGCUUUAUUAAAACAACAUUUUCUUUAAAUAAAAUCGAACAAAAUAAAAUUAGGAAAAGAAGCCGUUUACUUCUUCUGCUAAAUACUCAAUGCUAUUUAACCGUAAAUAAAGUUUCUUUCUUUUAAUUUGAUCACAUGGGAAAA